AUGGGUAAGAGCCAUACUGGUAUCUCGGAAUCACAGAUAAGUUCCGAUGGUUCUUUGAAUAUUUCUCCUACCGUGGUAAAUCAGCUGUCCUCUCCUGGGACCAGUGCCCCUCAUCAUGCCCCUUCAGCGAACAGCCCUCGAGCAUCCAGUGCAGAUCCUCUCACACCAGCUACUUGCUCGGCAAGAUCUGAUACCGUGGUGGGCAGCACUGGUGAUAUGCGAUACUUUGGGCCACCCUCAGGAGUUUCACUUGCGUCCAUCGGCACAAGUCCAAAGCCAGUACCAUGGACUUCAGUGCCCCCCAAAAAUCCUUCCCCAAAUGAGUCUUGGUCUGCAUGGACACACUCCUCUAUGCAAAGAAUCUUUGCAACGCGACCAGAGAAACCCUUGCCGCCAUGGAAAGAAGCUUUCUCACUCGUGAGCGAGUUCUUCGACCAAGAACACCAAGCCAUACCUUGUUUCCACCAGCCAAGUUUUAUCACACUAUUAGGGCAACACUAUUCUGGAAAAUCCGAUCGAAAUCCUGCUUGGCUCGCGUGCCUUAAUUCCGUCUUGGCAAUAUCCCAGCGUCGUCGUGUAGAAAGGGGUCAGGAUUCACUGGAAAAAGAGAAGCUUUCCUGGGAUUAUGCGGCCAACGCGAUGGGAAAUCUUUUGGAUAUCCUCAUGCGCAACACUCAAUUGCUCUCUGUCCAGGCUCUCUUAUGUAUGGCCUGGUUCUUCGUGGGCACACCGAAUCCUCAACCUAGCUUCAUGUUGACAGGGAGUGCCAUGCGAUUGGCUCAUUCCAUUGGGCUUCAUACAAGCUACGAAGAUCGAUCUUGGGAUUCUGUCGAGGUCGAAAUGAGAAAACGGGUGUUCUGGAUCGCUGUAUCUCUGGAUUCGGAGCUCUGCCUUAGAACAGGCAGGCCUCCUGCCCAUAGUCUCCAUGAUUUCCACGUGGAACUGCUUUCGGAUAAUUUACAUAACGGCGAUAGUGAUAUAAUCACCAUUUCCAACGGCUCGCUUCUGAAUCUUUUCAGCGCACAAUGCCGGUUAGCCAUGAUCCAAGGCGAGAUCUAUAGAGCUCUAUUUUCUAGUCAUAUACCCUCCAUGGACAGAAGCUGCAUGGCCGAUUCUGUUUCAUGUCUGACUCUGAAACUAGAAGCCUGGGCUUCUUCAGCUUUUCCAUCUUUCGACAUGAACCAACCCUUGCAGAGGCCUGAACACCAAGGAUUGAUGCGGCUAUGUUAUGUCUACCACAACUGCGUUAUUGUGACAAAUCGCGGUCUAGGGCUUCAAUAUUGGACAUCGCGUAGCCAAGUAGAUUUCUCUGCUCUGCCUUCGACGACCAAGGUUUCCAUCCACCGAUGUUUGAAAGCGUCCAGAGCCAUUUUGGGCUUAAAUAUGGUUAUGCCUCUUGGAUGGAGGAGCUACUAUUGGGAUGUAAUUGGCAUCAUCUCAGGCGCCAUCAUCAUUCUUUGCAUCAACGCCCUCCGCCAGCCUGAGGAACUUACGGCAGCGGAGGACUUGCGUGCUGUAAGUGGCACAUUCAAGUUGCUCGAUCUCUUCGACGAGGAGAAUCCCAAUACGUAUCUUCGCCCCCUUCGAUUAGCGUGUGAGCAGAUGUAUCGAAAAGCCCAAGCCGCUGCUCACGUUCACGUGGGAGAACCAAGCCCAUCAUCUCAAUCGGGCGCUUUAUAUCCAAGUGGCAGUGGAGAACUUUCAAUAGACAUUCACCAAGGCUGCGACCGGCUUCGGACUGAUGAUAGGCGCCUUCAAACUCCGAGGGAGCCUCACAUCACUGAGUCUAGCUCUAGCUCGAGAAAUAACUCGAAUUCUCAAUGGGACUUUACCCCCGAGCAAUCAUUUAUCUAUCCUUCACUCACCCCAUGGAGCAUGGAUAUGCUAAUGAAUGACUCGUUUCUUAAUUUCUACUAA